AUGGAAAAUGAAGAAGAUAAAGAUAUGGUUAUGUUGCAUUUAGUCAGAAGAAACAACAAAAGCUUUUACGACCUUGCUAAGAUUUACAAAUCUGACAGAAAUUGGUUCUAUCGCGAAAACUUACCGAUUUCAAUGACACCGAAUGAAGAUGUGAAACAAAUAGUUCAAGAUACGUUACCUCAAACACACUAUGAUAUUAAAGGUUGUACAAUACUUACAUUCAAAGAAGACUUACCGCUACUGAAAGAAAAAAUAACAGAGUAUUUUGACAACUUCAAACAAGCAGAGUAA